ACAUACAUGCACACACCGGCUUGGAUAACCACUUUGAGUGAAUUUAAAAUUCCUAUGUGUAUAUUAGACCUACAUAGAGAAGGACAUUACACGUCUGCGUGAUGAGAUUCUAAGGAUUCUAUUAUUUGCCUGUGAAUAAAUUAUUUUGUUAUAAAUAUGAAGUAAUUUGAUACAUACAAAGUAUAUGGCGCUAUACUUUUCUGCGUUUUGAGAUUCUAAGGAUUCUAUGUGUAUCAUUCAUCUGUAAAGGAUAAUUUUGUGAUAAAUAAUCCACUUUUCAAAAUACAGAACGUUCUAGUCGCCAUGCCAUCUAAUUGUAGAAGCAAUUUUCAAUCAACAUAAACGGAAAGAAACUCAUUGCCUAAAUAAAAAAUAAAAACUUGAAAAAGAAAACAGGACUAGAAAAUGCGAUGCUACUUGGUGUGUCUCGUUGUCAUGGCGACAGCGGUGUCCAGAGGUUCAUCGGUGUUUGAUGUCAAUUUCUGUAACCAAAGGAUGGGAGUAAUAGACCCAGACGGCGCUAAUGAACCCCCUCCAGUUUUUUUCGACAACUUUUAUGUAUUCGUAGAACAGAAGUUUAUAGAUAAAAAGAAAGUGGUGAACAUAGAAGAAUACUACUCGCAGGCCGGAGGUAAAUCCUACGUCUCCUUGGCAACAGACGCUAACCCUGCCCAGGUGUGGGUAGAUGUCCAGUACAACGAAGUGAUGAUCGUACCCUUGAACAGCAGUAACUGCACUGACUCCACAUUCGAAGGCUCGCAGAUUUACCAGCUCUUGGGCGCCAGAACUGACGCUCAUGACGUCACAACCCUCAGCGAGCCUGCAAUCGCCUUCCACUGGGGCGGGCCUGAAAGAAGAAAUAUUUCUUACAAAGGAGAAGAUGUUUCCCGAGGUAUCAAGACGCAGAAGUGGUGGAGCUGUGACUACCAGGGUUACCUGGAUUCUACGACCUUCACCGAGUGGCAGAUCGUAGAUCCCUCGCAAUACCAACUGCCUGUCGUGCAAGCGUCGAUGCCCCAGCCCAAACCAAUUCUGCCCAUUAGUGCCACCGUCACGGGCAUCAGCAAGGUGGACCCGGGUAACAUCAUCAACUUUACCUACAGAUACGACUUCACACACUUUAGAAGGAUAGAACCAGACGACCACCACUUCAGGAUCCCACCAGCGAUGAUGUGCGCCAAAAAGCCAAACUCACAAAAACCACUUCCGUCUAUGCCAGAUUAUUUCAAAUUUCGCGGUGAAAUGUUGACUAUACUCAACUACGGUAAAGGCUCUCAGAGUGCUCCACAGAUACUCUAUACCAUCGAGGAGUACCGUCACGCCCUAGGGUUCUACCUCCAGGACGUCGUGUCCACCCCCUCGGGUCACUCCACCAACGACAAGUCCUACAUGAAACUGGUCGACGACUUCAACACAGGCCUGAGCUACACCCUAGACCUUGAGUCCGGCCAGUGUGAGAUCAACCCCAUCACUGUCUCCUACGUCGACGCCAUUCAGGCCGGCUUUGGCCUCGUCAAGAUGAGGACAUCUGACCAGUUCUUUGACCUUGACCCCACGGCCUACCAGUACAUGGGGCUUCAAGAGUUGCGGGGCAUUACUUGUGACGCAUGGACCGCCUACUUCGGCUCGAACCAAACGGUGCACCAGAAGAACACAUACUACACUUGGUAUUUUGCGAACUCAGAUUGGAUGAAGUCACAAGGAUACACGACCGUGUUUGUUAUGCCAGUGGCGCUAGAGUUGAGACAACAAAACACGUUCAUCCAGUUUAAUCUGUUUGAGUGGACCACAAGCCUAGGUAGGGAUUACCCCGAUCUGUCUGCCUGCUUUAACGUCACUCAGGAGAUGAAUAUUGAGGUGUAUUUCAAUGCUCGGUUUGACCAGUACUACACCCCAUACAAGGCAGGGUUCAAGCAGAGUUUCCUUGCGGGUCUGGUGCGGGUCACGGGUCUCAAGUCCAUGCUGAGGGUCGCUGACCUUGACGUCCAACCUGCCAACGACAAUACGAUCUUGGUUCGCUUCAAGCUGCUGGACAAGCCCAACGUAAAAGGCGACGUCGCUAACACCUUCGCCAUGGCACCCAGCCAGCAAGUGUACCAGGAGAUCGUCUCAGCGGUCGACGCCAACCAGUUCUACAUCAAUGUGGGGGAGACGGGAAACGCCGUCAUCUACGCUAAGCCAGGCUCAACCGGACUCAUUUCCAGCAAGUCUCCGUUCGCGCAAGAUCCACAAUCCGUUAGUUCGGAUACAGUGGAUAACAUGGAGAGAUAUCCACAACAUCGGGCUGACAUCUACAGCGCUAAAGAAUACAGUUUUAGCACUUACUACUAUCACUCUGAGGGAUACUCCAGUGGCGCCAUGGCAGGUAUUGGGAUCGGGAUGUUACUGGCAGGCCUGUGUUUGGGGUUCAUCGCUGUCUUCGUAAUCAAGAGGGUCAGGAGGGGGCGGGACUCGUCGAUGGAAGCUUUAAAGUCUGAGGAGACGGCAGAGACCAGUUUAUCAUAGACCUUCUUAGCUUCGUUUGUGUUAUAGAACUUCUUAGCUUCUAUGUGUUAUAGACCUUCUUAGCUUCGUUUGUGUAAUAGACCUACUUAGCUUCGUUUGUAUUAUAGACUUUCUUAGCUUCGUUUGUGUUAUAGAUUUUCUUAGCUUCGUUUGUGUAAUAGACCUUCUUAGCUUCGUUUGUGUUAUAGACCUUCUUAGCUUCGUUUGUGUUAUAGACCUUCUUAGCUUCGUUUGUGUUAUAGACCUUCUUAGCUUCGUUUGUGUUAUAGACCUUCUUAGCUUCGUUUGUGUUAUAGACCUUCUUAGCUUCGUUUGAGUCAUAAAUAUUCGUUUGUUUUUGUCAUAGACAUUUGUUUAUUUUUUUGUCAUAGACCUACUAAGCUGCGUGUGUUUUUGUCAUAGAACUUCGUUUUUUUUAUCAUAGACCUUCUUAGUUUCGUUUGUUUUGUCAUAUACUUUCGUUUAUUUAAAUCAAAGACCUUCUUAGAUUCGUUCGUUUUCUCACAGACCUUCUUAGCUUUAUUUAUCAUGGAGCUUGAACGUUUCAUAGUGUUUAACGUUUAUUCGUAUAUGUGUAUAUGUUUGACUUAGUUGUUAUAAAAUUUUAUAUUCGUUUGUUAUUUAGCCAUGCACACUAUGAACCACCAGGGACGUGCAGUUUUUAAAAAAAUAUUUUUCUCACAAAUCGUCCAAAAUAAAACAAUACGAUGUGUAGAAGUGUGAUGCUGUUUAUAUUAGGGGUCGUCCAUAAAUGACGUCACACUCGA